GCGCGCCGAUCAGUGCCGGUUAGAAGGAGGAGGAGGGAGGUGGUAUUUCGUUCCCCCUCCAACAUCUCCUCCACUUUGCAUCUGUCCCUUGCAGUUUGAACAGCGUGCUGUUGUUGUUUUUUUUGUUUAUUUGUUUUUUUCCUUGGGUUUUUUUUAUUUUGCUUUUUUUUUUCGGUUGGGUUUAUUUUUUUCCGCCAGCCUCCCCUCAUCUUCUUCUCUGCUCUUCUACCCACUCAUUGAUUCACAGUGAGAAGGAUACGCGGCCAGUCAGAGAGCCCGGCUAUCCUGCCACACUGGAGUUAAUCAAGUUGAUGCGUACUGCUGCAGGUUAUGAGGACGGCAGGAUGGAGUUCCCAGACCACAGCAGACAUUUACUCCAGUGUCUGAGCGAGCAGCGGCACCAGGGCUUCCUGUGUGACUCUACGGUGCUGGUGGGCGAUGUCCAGUUCCGUGCCCACCGCGCUGUGCUGGCCUCCUGCAGCAUGUACUUCCACCUGUUCUACAAGGACCAGCUGGACAAGAGGGACGUGGUGCACCUCAACAGCGACAUCGUGACUGCACCGGCCUUCUCCCUGCUCCUGGAGUUCAUGUAUGAAGGCAAGCUUCAGUUCCAGGACCUUCCCGUGGAGGAUGUGCUAGCGGCGGCCAGCUACUUGCACAUGUAUGACAUUGUCAAGGUGUGUAAGAAGCGCUUAAAGCAAAAGGCCACCGCAGAGGCAGACAGCACUCGCAGAGAGGACGACGGCGGGUCCAGCUGCUCCGACAAGGCUGAUAGUUUAUCCGAUGGCUCAACAGGCCGGCCUGCUACCGCCGAUCUGCUGCACAGUGAUGAAGAAGAGGAGGGGAAGGCUGAGGGAAGCCAGCUGUGGCUGAGGUUGCCGUCCACGGACAGACCAGGGACGCCGGGUGGGGCUACGACCAGCCCAGGGCACGUAGAGGCAGAGACCCAGCCGGGUGAAGGCCUGGGGGAGGGAGGGAAGGUGCUGUCUCCAGCCGGCAGCCCCAGCAGCUCCACCGGAUCUCUCUCCCAGAGGUCCCACCGCUCAAUAAGCUCUCGAGUCGGGCACAGAGGCAGAAGGGUUUCAAACGACGCGUCCGACUGCGUCCUGGACCUGUCCGUGAAGCCGAUUGCUGUCAGCAACCACAGCAACCACCAUCCAUCCUUCUUCAGCGGGGCAGCUACACCUGACAGCCUGCAGAGCCCAAUGACUGUGAGGGUGAAGGUGGAGAGAGGUGUCGCCUCAGAUGAAGAUGAGGAACUGGGAGGGGCUGACUAUGACAUGGAGCACAGCGGCCUGAGUAAAACCCAGGUUCCCAGCACCAACGGAGGCCUGACCCACCACGGGGUGGGGGGGCCUCUGUCGGCCCAGAGGAGGCUGGGUCUGGAGGCUCACCUGUCUGCUCUGAGAGAGGCGUCUCUGGCCUCCGAGCUGGAGCGCGAUGAGAAGCCUCCAGCCUCAGCAGACGACGAGGACAUCCUGGGGGGAGAAAACGAGCGCGCCCAGGCCGAAGCGGCCAGCAUGGACAACUCGCUGCUGCCUUACGUUUCCAACAUGCUGUCGGCCCAACACACCCAGAUCUUCAUGUGCCCGCUGUGCAACAAGGUGUUCCCCUCUCCACACAUCCUCCAGCUUCACCUCAGCUCCCACUUCAGGGAGCAGGAGGGCAUCCGCUCCAAGCCCGCCGGGGACGUCAACGUUCCCACCUGCACCAUCUGCAGCAAAACAUUCUCCUGCAUGUACACGCUGAAGCGCCAUGAGCGGACACACUCGGGUGAAAAGCCCUACACCUGCACUACCUGCGGCAAGAGCUUCCAGUACUCUCACAACCUCAGCCGCCACGCUGUGGUGCACACACGCGAGAAGCCGCAUGCGUGCAAGUGGUGCGAACGGCGCUUCACGCAAUCCGGGGACCUCUACCGACACAUCCGCAAGUUCCACUGCGAACUGGUGAACUCGCUGUCAGUGAAGAGCGAGCCGCUAGCGCUGCCCAACGUCAGGGAUUGGGCGAUCGAGGACAGCUCACAGGAAUUAUGGAAGUAGAAUCAGACUGUUGGGGUUGAGAAAAAGAAAGGCAGAGAUGCUUGGGGAGGUGAGAGGAAGGCGGCAGAGUUAAGCAGCCGGGGUUUUCAGUGAGUCAUGUACUUCUUCGUUGCGACAUCUCAUUCAACCGCACUUUAAUAGCACCUGAAAAAUGUUACUACUGACUUAUUUUAUUGUCUGUUUGGGGUCAUGUUUUAUUUUAUGUGAAAGUCCAGUUAUCAUAUGGCGUUAGUUCUCUUUUAUGUGUUUGUUUUUUGUUUGUUUUUUUUGCAUCUGAGGACACACGUUCCUCCAUGAGUGUCUUUUAUUUAACUUUUAUUUAUUUAGCUGUUUUUGAAAGAGUUGUUUUUUUUUUCCCUCCAUUUGUCUGUGUUUCACCCCAGAGACAACACUCCCAUCGCCGCAACCGCCCCCCCCCUGCUCCACAAAAGGCGCGCUCCUCUACAGGAGUUCAUAUUAAAAUGCUGAAGUAAAAGAAAAACAAUACACUAAUAAAAAAAAAAAAAAAACGGGUACUGUGAGGCCACCCCGCACGGCAUUGGCAUCCGUACGCCUGCUCCCAUUCGAUUCUGCACUACUCUGGCAAAAACAAACACACAAAAAGAAGAAAAGUCACCUACCAUGUGUGAGCGUGUGUGAGUGCAUUUUGUGUGUAUUAAAUUAGAUUUCCCUCCUGGCAUGAAGGUGUCGUUGGCGAGCGCUCCCCACUUCUCUCGUUAAGCUCUUUGGUGUUGUGUUGGUGUGUUCAGGGGAAAGCUGACUGACUAACCGAUGGCACUCAUGCAAUGCACAGCCUCCUUUUUUCACUUCCAAUCAAUCUGAAGUAUUUUCUAAAAAUGAGAAGACCUUUACAAAUAUUAUUAUUAUUGAUGAUUUUUCUUUUCUUGAAUCUAGCUGGCAGUCUUUAAAACAUCUCUUGUUGUAAAGGUAUUUAAUUUAAGGUUGUUGUAUAUUGUUCUGUUAUAGUUGAAAGACUUUAAUCCCUUACAUUUUUUUUUAACUUAAUAAUAAUUAUUAUUAAUAUUAUUUUUUUGUAACAGGACCUGCUGUUGUUGCAUGAUGUCCAAAACCUGUAUAUUUUAAAAUGAAAAUGUGAAUCUGCUGUAUUACUGUACACAUUGUAAUUGAUCAACUAUUUGAGAACAGGCUUUUGUUUUUUUCUCCUUCUAUUUUUGUGAAUACUACAGGGAGCGAACUGUUUUUAAAAAGAAAAACUAUCACUCUCAGUUUUUAAAGGGAGGAAAAAUGCAUGAAGAUUUGGAUUUUGAUUUUGUCUUAAACUUUUAGUUUAGUUUUUUUUUUUUUGUUGGAAUCAGAAGGGGAGGGGUAGGAGUGUUUUUGAACAGUUCAUUUGUUGGUGAAAAGUUGUCUCUGUUGAUUCGCUCCUAGUAGGUCUCUCGCUCGGGGUCCUGGAGGAAACAUUAUAGAGAGGCGACAUGAAGCAUUUUAAGCCUGUCUUUAUGCACUGAUUUCUCUGCUGUGUGUGUGUGUGCGUGUGUGUUUACCAGUUGAUUGAACCUACUGAAGCUCUACAUCCACCCAGCACUUUGUCCUCCUGCUCCUCCUCAGGCAUUAAAUGUCCCCACUGCUUUAUCCUCUCUUGUCUUUUUCAGCUUCCGGUCAAGCCAUUUCUUUCUCUGCAGAUUUUACCUCUUGUUUUGUGGGGGUGGGUCUGGUAAGGCGGCUUCGUCUGAAGUCUGAAAGAUACGUAGAGAGGAAGAGGAGGUUAAACCCAAACUGUUGCUUUUUUUAGGCUGAUGUUGCCCAUCUCAGUGCAGCCGCUCCUAUAAGGCAUCUUAGAGAAGUUCCUUAAAAGAAGAUGGGAGAGAAUUGGCCUAAAUCAGGGGUCUGCAAGCUUUACAAUCCAAAGAGCCAUAUUUGUCCUUGCUUCAAUUAAAAAUAGAAAUUAAACAUGUUAUGGAAAACCAGACUUUUCCUAUUUUUGUCAAAACGGAAAAACCAACCUUUAACAAGAGAAGAAAGUAUAUUUUUUUCUUGACAGGAAUGUUUCAUAUGUAUGAAAAUGAUUAAAAUGAUCUUGUACCAUUAGUUUUAUUCGGUGGUGGAAAUGCAUGAAAAUGAAAUGACAAAAUGCACUGCUGAGUUUUCUAGCCUUUUUUGGCUGAUGUUGCAAAGCUGCAGGUUGCAGACCCCUGGCCUAAAUCCACGCACCUUUUUAAGCUAAAAUGCAUCAUUUUGCUGAAAAGAUGCCUUUCUUCAAAGCUGUUAAAGUAUCUGAUACUGUAAAGCAUUUAGAAAUGAUUGAUGGAAAUCCUGUAGAUUUAAUGAAUUUUAACAAAUGUUUUUCUUCUCUAUUUUGAUGAGAUAAUUGGAUUUUUUUUCCCUCCCGUUGUGAUUGUUGUGUUUGGGUUGGGGCUACAUCAGUUUAACAAUUGCUCUUUAAAAGAUGGUCAAGCGUUUGUACAAUCCAAAAACCAUUUGGCAGCGAUGCAGGCGCGCCAACAUGUCCUCCUCCUCCUCUCAAAUUCAGGCGUGUGUGCGUGCACGCACGCAUGCACGCCGCCGUCAUCUGGUGGCACCUGCAGGCUUUGCCAACGCAACAAUGUGGGUGACAUUGCAGCAGUUUGCACCACAUCUUCUCUUUUUUUUGGGGGGGGGGGGGUCUUGAAAUGUUAUCUCUUCACUGGCGGUGCCUCUGCAUAUGGGCUCCAUCCAUCCUGCUGUUGUUUUCAUUACUACUGCUGCUUUUUUAAUUUUUUUGUUCCUCUGGCUGUGCUUGACCGCCUUAAACUGCUGUAGUCCAGGCUGGUUUUAAUUUAAAAGAUAUUUCUCUCUUGAAGUGUGAGGGGGAGAUGAUCGCUCUGUGAGGCGACCGCCCUGACAUGACAUCUCCCAUCUUUUGCUGUGCUUACUUGAAGGGGUGGGUGGGGGUAUUUUUUUUAAUUUUAUUUUUAAGUUUCAAUAAGAAUUGAAAAAAAAAGUCAAACAGUUUAUAGGAAGUUACGCAGGGUUGGGAGGUGGAGGUGGACAUAUAAAUGCUGUUUUUGAUUGGGGAAAGGACAAUCACUGGAGAA